AACAAAAAAUAUAUUGACGUCACCUUUUUAAUACGGCAUCAGUUUUGAUGCUGACCGGAGGAGCAGAGAAGCGCAGCGCCGUGUGGUGUUUGUCACUGAUCCAAGGGAGCUGAAGUUUGUUUAUUUACUCCGGAGUGACUCCUCAUUUUCAGAGGAGGAACCUCAAACCUCCAACCGCUCCUCCUCGUUCCUCUCAGCUAAAUGACCAGAAGAUCCAAGCAGUGACAACACGGAGGGCGCGAUGGAGACCAAGAGAUUACUUCGCUGUAAGAUCGUGGUUGUGGGGGAUUCUCAGUGUGGGAAGACGGCUCUCCUGCAUGUUUUUGCCAAAGACUCGUAUCCAGAGAACUACGUUCCCACAGUGUUUGAGAAUUACACAGCCAGCUUUGAGAUCGACAAGCAGAGGAUCGAGCUGAACAUGUGGGACACAUCAGGUUCUGCAUACUAUGACAACGUGCGACCGUUGGCUUAUCCCGACUCCGAUGCCGUGCUCAUCUGCUUUGACAUCAGCCGUCCGGAGACGCUGGACAGUGUGGUGAAAAAGUGGCAAGGUGAGAAGCAAGAGUUCUGCCCUAAUGCCAAAGUGGUUCUGGUUGGCUGCAAACUGGACAUGAGGACGGACCUCAACGUCAUGAGAGAGCUUUCCAAGCACAGACUCAUUCCUGUCACCCACGAACAGGGCACCAGUUUGGCGAGACAGAUAGGUGCCGUGGCCUACGCAGAGUGCACCUCGAAGUACUCAGAGAACAGCGUCCGUGACGUUUUCCACGUCACCACCCUGGCGUCCAUGUCCAACAUUCACCGGCCUCAUCUCAAAAGGGUCUGCACGCGUCGUGGCCACAAGCGGGUCUCGCAGCAGCCCCCUCGGACUGAGAUUCAUGAGCACCCGCCCCCCGUUAGAAAGGACCGAGCCAAAAGCUGUGUGCUGAUGUAGGGACCAGAACCUCCCAGUGAGCCAAUGCACACGAACCCAACUGCACAUGAACUUUAUUUACUGGUGAAUUUUUGUCAGACCGCUGCACUGCAUAAAGAACAUCGUGGUAAAAACAUGAAUGAGUCCUGUCCUGUGGAGCUCUUUGAAGGAUUGUUUGUUCAUUUUUCCCUCAAAGCUCUGCUUGUUAUUUUUCUCUCUGGCUGUGCUAUCAUCAGGGGGGAGCAUGGUAGUGGCUGAAGCUACUUUUCUUUAAAAGCUUUUACACAAACAAAAAGAAAACAGGCAGGUUUGCAAAAGGAAACAGGACUGUGAGUGGUGAGAUUUGAAGAAAACACUGAUUUGAAAGCUCAUUUUGCAGCAAAUAGAAGUAGAAAGGCUGGUUUUCACUUUUAUUGUGUUGUUUUAUGUUUGAAAUGCAGUUCAGUCUUUAAGUGUUCAAGUAAACAAAGCACAAUAUGAUGCAAGAACAGUGUUCCCAGAAAUCUGUAAAUAUAGAGGAGGGGACUUUGUUGUUCACCUUCAUCUGAAACAGAAAAUCUGAACAAAAAGAAAAACUUGGGCUAAGAUGACACUAAUUUUCUUAAACCACAAGUGCUUUUAAUAUGAAAAACAAAAACGAAAUCACUAACUAAAUAAAACUGAACAUUUGAUCUUGUUCUAAGUAAUCCAUUUGGGAAGGAACGUCUGGAAAGACUUUGGAUGACAUUUACAUUGUACAUGCAGUUCAUAAAUAAUAAAAACAACUUGGUCUGCUAA